GAUGUAUUAUUUGUUUUCAAAUUUCAUCGUUUUAUAUGGGGAUUGGACCAAUGACAAUUCAAAUUUCGUGAUGUAUUAUUUUGUUUUCAAAUUUCAUGGUACUAAUAAAAUUUGAUCAAAUUUUAUGAUUUAAUUGCGAAUUAUAGUAAUUAGUUUCAGUAUAAUUCAGUAUUCGUUUUAAAAGGAGGUUUCACAUUUAAAAGUGAACGAGAUAGCAAUAUCUGUUCUUAAUCUCCGGUGACUGUUUAUACAGCUAAUUCACCGCCGUCGCCGGCGUCUAAGCCGCAGCCUUUGGGCGGAAACCUGAGUCACCAUAUGAUAUCACUAGGAGGCAGUUUACUGCAAAAAAAAAGUAAUGGGGCACCAACUGUUCGACGAAAUGUCUCAGCGGAAAAUCCAUUCAAGAAUAUAGGCUGUUAGUAAACCUCUGAAUCGCGUUCAGCAAUGGCGUUUGCGGCCGUAAGAAGGGUCUUUCUUUUGAGAUCAACGACGAAUUCUCUGCUAGCAUCGCAGCACGGCAGAUUCUCUACUCAAAGAGCCUCUACAUUUGUUGAUGAUGACAGUAGACGUUCCGUCACCGACAGAAUCCAUCUGUCGCCUUUAUUUCAAGAAACCGGCGAGGACGGCAUCAAGGACUGCAGAAUCGAGCUCGUCGACGAUUCGACGUGGAACGUGUCUUCGGGUUUAGCUGAUGCUUGGAGAGGCAGCAGUGAGGCUGCAGCAAUGAGAAUGAGGUCGCGUUUCAGUGAUCGUGAUGAUGAUGAUAACGGGGUGGUUGGUUCCGUAGGUGAAGCCGUAGAGGAUCUUGAUUUCGACGAGAUUGAGGAUAUGAGGAUUCACGGGAAGUUGUUCUACAAGCUCGACCGGGGUUCUAAAGAGUACGAGGAGCACAAAUUCGACUUCCAUGGCAGGAAAUCCGCGAGGAACGAGAGAGAUUGGGGGGGAAGCAGCAAGGAAGAUGCCAAGGAAGACGCUUCCCAUUCGAAGAAGGAUCGUGUGAGAGAGAUAGAGAAGAGUGAAGAGAGCAAACAAGCAUUGUUGCUGAGCAAGAAUUCGUCUUAUUUGAUUCGUGAAAGCAGCAGCAUUACUGCUAACAAGAAGCAGAGGACUCCAACAUUCAAUCAGCUCACAGCUCCCUACCACGAGCCUUUCUGCUUGGACGUGUUCAUCUCCAAGGGCUCAGUUCGCGCCUGCAUCGUUCACCGCGCCACCAGCAACGUGGUGGUGGUGGCGCAUUCUAUCUCCAAGGACAUGAAGUUUGAUCUUGGGUCGACCAAGAACAAGGACGCGUGUGCAGCCGUGGGGAGGAUCUUGGCGCAGAGGGCGUUGGACGAUGACAUUCAUAACGUGGUGUUCACGCCGAGGAAGGGAGAGAGAGUGGAAGGGAAGCUGCAGAUUGUGGUGAAAUCUAUCAUUGCUGGUGGAGUUGAUGUCAAGGUGAAGCUCAAGCAGAGGAGCUUCAAGCUACCUAAACACCUCCUUCCUAAAACUCAAAAUCUGCAUUGAUUGGGUAAAACAAAAAAUUUCACACUAUUCUGCGUGUGAGAAGCCAAACGUCGCACAAGUAUAAGUGAGAGAGAUGAGAGAUUUGACAUUUCCAUCACAUCAUUGGGGGCUGUCUGUCAGCAUCACUGCAUGUUGCAGUGAACAUGCAGAGGCGGUGCAACAAAUGGGCGAAAAUACCCUUCAAGGGCUUAGGGAUGUUAUUGUCCGAAAAUACCUGGUUUGUGAAUUUAGUUUUUGUUAGACCCCUGCAAUGGGAUUUUUUUU